AUGGGCAUGACCAAUAGCAGUGCCAAAGAAGACUUCAUUCUGGUGGGCUUCUCAGACCAGCCCCAGCUGGAAAAGAUACUCUUUGUGGCUGUUUUGAUAUCCUACCUUCUUACCUUUGUGGGAAAUUCACUAAUUAUUCUGGUUUCUUCCAUAGACCCUAAACUCAAAAUACCCAUGUACAUUUUCCUUACUCACCUCUCCCUAGUGGACAUCUGUUUUACCACCAGUAUUGUCCUUCAGCUGCUAUGGAACCUCAAAGGACCAGCCAAGACCAUCACAUCCCUGGGUUGUGCGAUCCAGCUCUAUGUCUCCCUGGCAUUGGGAUCCACUGAAUGUGUUCUCUUGGCUGUGAUGGCUUUUGACCACUAUGCUGCAGUGUGCAGACCUCUCCACUAUACAGCUGUAAUGAACCCAUGCUUGUGCCAGGUUCUGGCAGGGUUUGCAUGGCUGAGUGGAGCAGGAAAUGCUCUCAUCCAGGGCACUGUCACCCUCUGGCUGCCUCGCUGUGGACACCGACGGCUCCAUCAUUUCUUCUGUGAGGUCCCCUCCAUGAUUAAGCUUGCAUGUGUGGACAUCCAUGCCAAUGAGAUCCAGCUCUUAAUUACUUCAUUGAUCUUGCUCCUUUUGCCCUUGGCACUGAUAUUGAUGUCCUAUGGACACAUAGUCAAGGCAGUUAUAAGCACCAAGUCAGUGCAGGCCUGGCAGAAAGCCAUGGGGACAUGUGGAUCCCACUUGACAGUAAUAUCCCUCUUCUAUGGGAGCAUCACAGCCAACUACAUCCAGCCCAACAGCUCCUAUGCCCACACUUAUGGAAAAUUCAUCUCCCUCUUUUACAGGGUCAUCACCCCAACCCUCAAUCCUCUCAUUUACACCUUGAGGAAUAAAGAAGUUAAAGGUGCACUGGGAAGAAUAUGCCACAGAGACCUACGUGUGUAA